AUGAGUGUCCCUCCUACAGAACCUAGAAAGCCCGAAAACCUCGUGGGAGUCAUGGAGCAGGGGAAAGACUCGCCGGCCCCGUCGAUCAUCGGGUCGAUUGAUACGUUCCAGGCAUCCCAAGUAGCACCUUGGGCCAAAUACAUGCCUGGGCCGUCUCCCCAGCACCUAUAUCAAGGCCUUCCUGUGACCUGGUAUCGGGUCGCAGUGGUGUCACUGGGAGGCUUUGUCUUCUUCUUGUCUGGAACCAACGUUGCCAUGAUGGGCAGCGUUUCUUCCGUGCCGGGUUUUCUGGAGGAGGUGGGUCUUACGGGGAGUGAUCACCAUACCCAAGUCUUGAUCGGAGUGGUCAAUAGCAUCUACUGGAUUGGAGUUGUUGCAGGUGCUUUGUUCUCUGGCUGGCUUUCUGACAAGAUUGGUCGACGCCGGGCGAUUGUCACCGCUGGAAUCUACGGUCUCGUCAUCAUUCCCAUUCUGGUGGCGCUGCAGAACUUCUCCUGGGCCUUGGUUCUGCGACUUCUUAACGGAGUUUUCACUGGCGCUUUCGAUUCUGUAGGGCUUAAUCUCUCUGCCGAAUCUGUCCAUCAUCGAUACCGUGGCAUUGUAAUUGGAGCCCAACUAGUCUGCGCAGCGAGCGGAGCAGGUCUGAUUUACUUCAUUAUCUAUGGUUUAUCCGGGCACGCAAAUAGCGAUGUCAUCUGGCGAUUCCCGCUAGCAUUUCAGCUGGUCUGGGUGAUCAUCAUCCUGAGCUUGAUCUAUUUCAUCCCUGAAUCCCCUCGGUGGCUGGCCCAGGUGGGUCUGGUGGAUGAGGCACGGCAGGUAUUGUUACUAUAUGAGAGCGCAGAGCAGCCUGAGGAAGCUGGUACCGUUGAGGAAAUCGUCGAGGCCAAUUUGAAGACGAUCAGAGACACUAUUCAAGGAGAGAUUGAAAAUGCUUCCUCCUCCACCUAUUGGGAUAUGUUCACUAAGCAGGAUGAACUCAAGACAGCCCGGCGGACUUGGUCUGCCCUAUUUGUUCAGUUUGGAACCCAGGCAAUGGCUGGUGUUGGUAUAGUCACUGGUUAUGGGAUUCAAAUCUUCGAAACAGGAGGCUGGUCUUCACAAACUGCAGCGCUCCUGACUGGCGUGAGCAUCUUCACACAGGCCGUCUUUGGCAUUCCUGGUGCCAUUCUGGCUGAUAAAAUCGGCCGCCGCCGCGCUAUGUACUAUGGAGCGAGCAUCGGAUCGGGCCUCCUCAUGCUCAUUGGAAUGUGUGGCUACUUCGUCUACCAAAACAAGGUGACCAAUCCCGACCUUGCAAAAUCAUACGGCACUGUGACCGUAGCCUUGACGCUGAUUUGGUGUGCUGUCUUUGGCAUGACAUGGUGUAAGUGA